CUCGCAUCGAUCGUCGCGGGUGAGCAAAAAAGUGCACAGAGCUGAGCUGGGACGGGAAAAAGUGCAGAGAGAGAGCGAUAUGAAUCUCGUGCUGAAUCGAUACUUCGGCGCGUGUUAGAACAGAGAAUAGCUUGAGACUGUAAGAAGUGACAAAGUGCGAAAAUCGCAGGGGAAAACAUGCAGUUGAAGGGAGUUGUUGGCGUCGAUGAGGUCAAGAUCAGCCUGCAGAGGUUCGGAUGGCCGGAUUACCUGGUCUUCGGCUGCAUGCUGGUCAGCUGCGCCAUGAUUGGCGUGUAUUUCGGCUUCGUGAAGAAGAAGCCCAAGAAGGGUGUGGAGGAGGCGGACAACUACCUCGUCGGGGGGCGAAAGAUGCGCAUCUUCCCCAUUGCAAUGUCCCUGAUCGCCACAUACAUCUCAGGAAUCACCCUUCUCGGCACUCCAACGGAGAUCUACAUCUUCGGCGUGCAAUACAUGUACAUUCUCAUCGGAGUUUACUGUGUGGCAGUGAUUAUGACCUACAUUUUCUUGCCAGUGUUUCAUGACCUCAAACUUACCUCCACAUAUGAAUACCUCGAGAUGCGUUUUGACAAGCGAAUCCGCUUGCUGGGAUCAGUUAUGUUCAUCCUAGGAACCAUGGCAUGGCUUCCAAUUGUCAUCUACGUUCCGGCUUUGGCUUUCAACCAAGUUACUGGAAUAAAUGUGCACCUCAUCACGCCACUGGUCUGCAUUGUGUGUAUCUUCUACACUUGUGUCGGUGGACUGAAAGCCGUCGUGUGGACGGACGUUAUUCAAACUUUUCUCAUGUUUGGCGCAAUCAUUCUGGUGAUUAUCAAGGGCACUCGAAAUAUCGGGGGUUUCGAAGUUCUCUGGCAAAGGGCGGUUGAGAGUGGACGAAUCGAAGGACCUGACUUCACGCUCGAUCCUCGGACCAGAAACACCUUCUUCUCGGUGGUUUUGGGAGGAAUGACGUACUGGCUGAAGAGCAAUGCCAUCAGUCAGAAUAUGAUUCAGCGAUAUCUCUCCCUUCCGUCGCUCUCCGCGGCCAGGAAAUCGCUGUGGAUCUUCACAAUCGGAGUGUCAUGUCUCGUGGUGUUUUGCUGCUACUGCGGACUCCUGAUCUACGCCACUUACCACGACUGCGAUCCCUUGACCACCAAGCUGGCUAAGGCUAAGGACCAACUUCUACCUCUGCUGGUUAUGGACAUCCUUGGAGACUUUCCCGGACUGCCCGGACUCUUCGUGGCCGGAGUCUUCAGUGCGGCCCUGAGUUCCCUUUCCACCGGACUCAAUUCUAUGUCUGCGGUCUUUCUGGAGGACUUCUUCAGAGCCUUCUCCAAAGAGCAGCUGUCCGAGAGAAAGACAGCCUACAUCAUGCGAGGAGUUGUGGUUGUUUUGGGGACGCUUUGCGUUUGUUUGGUCUUUGUUGUGGAGAGACUCGGGCAAGUUCUUCAAUUGUCCAUGAGUUUAGGUUCGAUAACCAACGGACCUCUGUUGGGGGUGUUCACCAUUGGUGUCAUGAUUCCUUGGGUGGAAGGAACGGGAGUCUUAGUAGGAGCUGUCACGAGUCUGGUGAUAAUGGCGUGGAUUUGCUUAAACGCUCAAGUUGCUAUCGCCUCAGGAGAACUCACGUUCCCCACGAAACCAGUAGCGACUAAUGGCUGCACCUACACCUUCGUUCCCGGAGAAGCCAUGAGCAUGCUUGCUGUCAAUGUUACUGAGGAAAUACCACCGAUACCGCCGGAGGAUCAAGGCUUCUUGAUCUAUCACAUUUCCUAUCUGUGGUACGUUCUUCUGGGAUGCGUUCUCACCAUCAUCGUGUCCCUGAUCGUCUCCUUCAUCAUCGGAGCCAACAAGCCGUCGCAGCUGAAGCCCAACUUGCUGGCUCCCUUUGUUCGACGCCUGAUCUGGAAGAAAUCCCACGAAUCGGACGCAUCGCAGAGCAUGGGAACAAACGAUGCGGCUCUCUCGACUCAAGAUCACUCCAAAGUCGAAUCAAUCGAUCUGAAAAGCGUGGCGUCGUAGAACAACCUCUCGUCGUGUGUACUGUUUAAGAUCAAUUAUAGCACUGUAAGACAUGAACAUGAUUGAUUCUGAGGGUUGUCGGAAGAAGCAACUGGAGAUGACAAUCAACUUUUCCUUUUUCUGCAAGAACAAAUCAUUCAGCAGAGGCUGAUACUUGGGUGAUGAUUGAAAUGCCUUCAAGCCAUUCAGGAGGAGGAUUGAACGAAAAAUAUAUCCCCUUCCACCUUCUUUUUCCAGCACACAACAAUGCCAAGUUCCCAAAAGACAUUCUCAAUUCUCAGACAUGGAGAAUAAUUUAACUUUUCGAUUAAACUUAUUUAGUUGUUUAUUUGAUUUCUUUCGCUGGCGCACUCAGAGAAGUGAUUGUACGAUUGUUGUGUGGUGUAAAAAAGCCAGAGACUCUUCUUUUGUGGGCAAAUGAUGGGCAGUUUGGCUGGGGAAGAGAGGCAUGAGGAAGGAAUAAAAAAAAUAAUCACAGACCUGUCAUCGUCUUCCUCUUCAGAAAUAAUAUCUGAAUUGUCAAAUAAUAAAAAGUGACUGAUUCAGAGGCGCACCGAGUGGU